AUGGACCGGGCAAACAAGAGAGCCAGAGCCAAGAAAUUGGAGGUCAUGAUGGCAUUCCAGAGCAACCUUCCGGCCCAUAGCCAAUCUGCACUCGCCGCCAUUGUCCAACGGUGCAAGACACAUGAGAUUCCGGAAUGCUCAUCAUCGAAAGAGCAACGAAAUGCAAGACUUCAUUUGUUGCAGCAGUCCCAUGGUGGCGGCUUGGGGCCAUUGCUUCGGGAGGGUUCAUUGGCCAUGAUGGAUGGGAGCAGCCGGACGAUCUGGUUUACAUCCAUGUUGGUGUUGUUGUGCAACAUGUACCGUGAGUGUCCAUCAUUUACGGCAUUGCUCCAAAGGAGACAUGCCCAAAAACCAAGCACAGCAGAGAGGCCAUGGUCCCUUCAACUUUACACAGAUGAAGUGGUGCCUGGGAACGUCUUAGGACGUGCUGAUCGCAAGUUCUGGACCAUAUAUGGGACCAUCAUGGAAUUUGACAACCAUGCUCAGCGAGAGAACCAUGGAUUCCAUGAACAGCUUUGGUUCACAUUGUGCACAGUCCGGUCGAGCAUCAUCAUGCAAGCAGAUGGAGGCAUCGCCCAGGUCAUGGCAAUGAUUCUUGAAUCCAUCUUUUGCAAUGUCAUGAUCCACCUUCCUCAUGGAGGGUUGCUCCUCAAGCAUCCCAUGGGCCCACAAGAAGACAUUCGGUUGCACAUGACAUGGAACUCCAUGAUAUGCGAUGGGGCUGCUCAUAAGGCUGUGUGGAGCUCGAAAGGCGAUGCUGGUACAAAAUUUUGCAUGUUGUGUGCUAAUGCCAUAGGGCAUCGGCCAACAUUGGAACAACAGCAGGCCAUGCCAGAGCCAUUGCCAGAUGACGAGCUUUUCAUAGAUACCUCAUGCACCACAUACCGUCAACUCCGGUUGGUGUCUGACCAUGAAGUCUUGGCAUCUUAUGCAAGGCUGGCCGCAAAACAUGGCACAUGCACCAAGAAGGAGUUCACGAAAUGGGAGCAGGCAUGUGGCAUCACAUUCAGCAAGAAAGCAUUGUUGACGAACGAAGCAUUGCUGGAGCGAUCUUUGCUUCGACCAUGCACGACAUUUUGUCAUGACUACAUGCAUGGUGUGUUUCAAGGAACGGCGGUGGUGGUCCUGCAUCAUUUCUUGCAAGAUGUGAGUGAGCAUCUUGAUGUGUGGCAAUUUUUGCAUGGUUACAUUGAGCAUUUCAUUUUCCCAGGUGCAUGGAAGAUGACCCAUUUGAAGGUCUUGUUCGACGAGAAGCGAGCCAUCAAGGGCAAAAAUGCCCAGAAGUUUUCCUGCAUGGCCUCGGAGUGUGCGGCCAUAUACGGACCCAUCAGGCAGUUUGUCCAUUCGGUUCUGGAGCCUCGAAACAUAUGUCCGGAAGCAUGCAGAGCAUUUCUUGCCAUGGCCUCCUUCGUUGACCAAGUCCAUGAAGGGGUCCAACAUCAGGCCACGACACGUGCAUCCCUUCUUGAUGCGGCCGAGCAGGCCAUCAGCACCUUCAAGACAUGGGGCCCAUGCGGCCUCAUCCGGAAGUGGCACUGGACAUUGCAUUUGCCUGACACAUUACAUCGCUAUGGUUAUCUUCCUUCAUGCUUUGCAGCAGAACGGAAACAUAAAACCAUAAGCACACAUGCGACGAAACUGCAGAAGACGAUGCAGUUCGAGCUCCAUCUCAUGCAAGCCAUCGUGCCCGACGAGCUGCAGGCAUUGAAGGAGCCGAACCUCUUCCCCGCAGCCAUCCAUUUCAUGAAGGCCAAGAAGGCAAAGCCCAUGGAACUCAAAACCAUGGCUGACUUCCUCAGCCAGAAACCAACAGAGGCCCAUGUGGCAAGUGCUGCGAGGUUGCCCCAUGGCGCCCAGAUCCAUAGUCAGGACGUGGUCGUGUAUAGCAUGGACAGGCAGACAUGGGAAGUGGGCCAAGUGCUUUUCCAUGCAGACGUUUUCAACACCCAGGUUUCACUCGUCCAUGCUUGGGACAUGCUUGAAUCCCAUCCGAAGCACAGGGUGGCCGUCUACCAUCCCUCAGGCCGACACGGCUUCAUUCCGGUGCAGGCCAUAAUGUUCGCAGUGGUUUUCACGAAGCCAGAGCAUGGACCAGCCAAAGUGCUCAUGCCAUACUCCAUGUACUCCC